AUGGAUACGAGUCAGCUUAUGUAUUUGUUCAUGUCAGGUAGGCGAGUUGAUAUCGGUCAAAUCAUUGCUACCAAAAUGAAAAAUGUUGCAGAAAACGGUAACGAGUUUGGGGAUGGAACCAGAACCACUCAUCCUCUUGUCUAUCCCGAUCUCAUCAUGGGAUUGCUAAUUGCUUCCCAAAAAAAUAAAAGAAGGCACAGAGAGCAAACGGGGCAGACUUCAUCCAACACUCUGAAUUAUGAUGAUUGGGACCCGAGACUUCGCCAAUAUUUUACCUAUACUUGGGAUCAAAAUGAUUCCAAUCAUAGGGCUUAUCUUUAUUUACAUGAUUCUUUUUACUGGUUGCACAUUCAGCUAGGAGGGAAGCCCGAUGAAAGCCAUCAUUUCAGGACUACGGAGUAA